AUGGGUUUCCGCGGAACGCUCCUCGAGCGUCGGCGCGACGCGGCCCCAGGCUUCCGCGCCGUCGCAGCGGCCUGCGAGCUCGUCCUUGUGAUCGAGCGCAUUGCGCCGUCCGAGAUCGACGCAUCGGGAACCGUCGACGCCAAGGCGCUCUUCCAGGACCCGGCGACGAAGCAGCUCUACAGCAUCGCGCGCCUCGCCGACGUGACGCUUGAAGCCGGUGCGAUGUUUUGGCACGCGGACGAGACGGCCGUGCACUGCUUCCGCUUCGACGCGGCCUUUGCGUUCGCCGAGGUGGAGCGCGCGGUCGCGUCCAUUCGCCGCCAAGAACAGCUCGCGCUUCUCCAGCACAGCCUCGACGCCAAACACUACGCGACGUGCGCCAGCGUCAUGACGUCCAUCAUCGCGACCGAAGAUCGCAAGGAGAAGAAUGCAACCAAGCGUGUACGCGACGAGCCCGUGCGCGCACGGAAGAAGCAGCCGCGCCACGAUGCGACCAGCGACAAUCGCACCUUCAACCUCCAGUGCAUCACCCAGCCCGGAAGCGCCAACCAUGCUCGGCGCGUCUGCCACCUCUGUCAUCUCGCGCAAGACCGUGCUGUGUUCCACUGCCCCAACGGAGACGCUCGCCAUACGUUCUGUGCGACUUGCAUGCAAACGCACUUUGGCCAAAACGAGGCAGCGUUCGUCUCGGGCACGGUUCGGUAUCAUUGCCGGCUCUGCGCCCACGACUGUUCGUGCGCGGCCUGCCAGCAACCACGACAGCUGCUUACCUGCGUCGUGUGCACCUCCAAGGAUGAUGUGGUGCCACACCCGUCUGUCCUCCAGAACACGCACGGGCAGCCGCUUUCGCUCUGUGCGUCGUGUCUGGAUACGCUUCGUGCAAGCCAAGAAGGGUCGGCGCCGUUCUGCACGCUCUGUGGUGGCCUCGACGAGACGCCAUUGCGCUGCAGCACGUGCAAGCGCGAGUUCUGCGACCCGUGCCAAGACCUCAUGGGCACGUUGUCGUCCGAGGCGACUACCAAGUGGCAGUGCGCGUCCUGCGUCCUGCCCUCCUUUGCCUCAGUUGCAAUCACGCCCAAGGCCAAGGCGAUGGGCGUCGUCCUCGUCGACCCCACGGACGCGCUCACGUACACGGUGAGCUACGCGACGAUGCUCGUACAGCGCGAAGCCACCAAGGUGCCCCUCAUCUCGGAAGACUCGUGCUUCUGCUGCAAGGACGGCGGCGUCCUCAUUGAGUGUGACCACGUCGCAAAACACAAGGGCGCCGUGCGCUGCCCCAAAGUCUACCACCCCGAUUGUCUCGGGAGUGCGAUACCAGACAAAGGUCUCUGGCGCUGCCCCCGCCACUUUUGCUUCAAGUGCUCGGCGCCAACGACGCACUGCUGCCGCUUCUGCGUCGCGGCCUACUGCGAGAAGCACGUGCCCCGGACGGCGGUGGUUCUCGGACCGGCGCCAGCGGAUCUGCCCAACGCGACCUACAUUACGUGUCGCCCGUGCAUCGAGCAGCUCGACGAAGCCGCUGCGCGCGGCUUGCUCCCGAGUGCCUUUUACUCGGCUACUAGUUAG